AUGGCCGUUGUGCUCGGCCUAAUGAUACUCGUCACCAUUAUAGGAAAUGUAUUCGUUAUCGCUGCUAUCAUUCUGGAGCGCAACUUGCAAAAUGUGGCUAAUUAUUUGGUGGCAUCUCUGGCAGUUGCUGAUUUAUUUGUUGCCUGUCUUGUCAUGCCGCUUGGCGCCGUCUACGAGAUAAGUAACGGAUGGAUCCUGGGACCUGAACUCUGCGACAUUUGGACAUCGUGCGAUGUGCUAUGCUGCACAGCAUCUAUACUCCACCUGGUGGCCAUUGCGGCAGACAGAUAUUGGACUGUUACGAAUAUUGAUUACAACAAUUUGCGAACUCCACGACGAGUUUUCCUUAUGAUAUUUUGCGUUUGGUUUGCCGCUUUGAUUGUGUCGCUGGCACCGCAGUUUGGCUGGAAGGAUCCGGAUUACAUGAAGCGCAUCGAGGAGCAGCAUUGCAUGGUAUCACAGGAUGUGGCCUAUCAGAUAUUCGCCACAUGUUGCACCUUCUAUGUGCCACUAUUGGUCAUCUUGUUUCUCUACUGGAAGAUCUAUUUAAUUGCCAGGAAGCGCAUUCAGCGUCGCACACAAAAGUCCUUAAAUGUGACGCUCACUGAAACCGAGUGUGAUUCAACGGCGCCUGAUCUGCAAAAGGAGCGAGGAAAGCGACGCAUUGCUAAGUUGGGGCUGGACCGGGAGCAGGAUCUUUCGGAAACUGAAGCUGCGCAGCUGCAGCGACGCACACGUAAACGCAUGAAGAUUUGCUUUGGACGUAACACAAAUAUGGCCCACAUCACAGCCGGCUCCGAGGGAGCUGUGGCCCGUUCGAUGGCUGCCAUUGCUGUUGACUUUGCCAGCCUGGCCAUAACGCGAGAGGAGACGGAGUUCAGCACCAGCAACUACGAUAACAAAAGCCACGCGGGCACCGAACUGACUACCAUAUCCAGCGAUGCGGAUGAUUACCGCACGAGCAAUGCUAAUGAAAUCAUUACCCUGUCCCAGCAGGUGGCCAGUGCCACACAGCAGCACCUAAUAGCCUCCCAUCUGAACGCCAUAACGCCGUUGGCACAAUCCAUCGCCAUGGGUGGUGGAACAAGCAGCAAUCAGUCGACAGGCGAAGGAGAUGGCAACAGUCCAGUUGGAGGUGGGGUUGGCAAAGGUGUACUUUCCAGCAUUGCCAAUCCCCAUCAGAAGCUGGCCAAGCGCCGGCAGCUACUGGAGGCGAAACGGGAACGGAAGGCAGCACAAACAUUGGCCAUCAUCACCGGCGCCUUUGUCAUCUGUUGGUUGCCCUUCUUUGUUAUGGCACUCACAAUGAGUCUGUGCAAGGAUUGCGAAAUUCAUCCGGCAGUUGCAUCUCUAUUUCUCUGGCUGGGCUACUUCAACUCCACACUUAAUCCGGUGCGUAAAUGAAAUGAAAAGGGAAAUGGGAUUUGUCCAUGUUGC